AUGCAUGGCAUGGAGUCCUUGAGUGCUCCUCCCCAGGGCACACUAACGAAAUCUGAAUCCCAGCCAGAUCUUCCUUCAGAGAGCCCCUCAGGUGACGAUAACCCCAAGUUACAUAUGCGCAAAAGGAAGCAGCCUGACCACGAUUAUGGCAUAAAACAAGAGAUUCAAAAUUUACGGAAGGAUAUUAUGGCUCAACUUACGUCCUCCAGUGCCGAUCUGAAAGAAGAAAUUAGGUCGGUACUCUCUAAAACUCAAGUCUUGAUCAACGAGCAAGCGCACAUGAAGGUGGAGUUAACCGAUCUCAAAACUAGGGUUUCAUCCGUCGAAGAUAAAAGUGCGACACUCUCCACCCUACAAAAUGAUCUCACUGCGGCGAAUGAAAAAAUUGAAAACUUGAUCACCGAAAAUAACAAUAAUAAACAGUUCUCCAUGCUAAAUAAUGUCGAGAUUUCGGGGAUCCCGUUACAAAAGGGAGAAAAUUUAAAUAGCAUUUUAUGUAGCAUUUGUAAUCUGGUGGGAUAUAAAAUGUUAGAGAGCGACGUAGACACAAUAUAUCGAGUUCGCCGCUUUGUUUCGGAUCCACAAAACAGCAUUACGAGUGCCCGUCCGCCGGCUAUUAUCGUGCGUUUCACCCAGCGACGGCGUAAGGAUGAGUUGCUAGGCGCCGUUCGCGCGCGCCGUGGACUCACCACCGCCGACAUCAGCCUUCCGGGACCGGCAACGGCUGUUUACAUUGGAGAUCAUCUAACGCCAGCGAAUAAAUUGCUACUCAAACGUGCCAGACAGCUUAAGGUUGAGCUAAAUUAUUCAUUCGUCUGGACUAGGGAUUGUAAAAUAUUUAUGCGGAAAACUGAUACCAGUAAAGUUAUACAAAUACGUAAUAUUCAUAAUUUGGAAAACUUAAAAUGA